AUGGGCCAAAUACUUGAGCUCCCUUUCUUUGCUCCGCAGAAUCGCCUGCCAGCUCCACUACCAUCGCAAGCGGACAUCGAGUCUUCGGGCAAGGUUCUUCAGGAAUAUACCGGCCGACGAGUCGUUCUUUACGACAACUACUACAUCAUCAAAUACGGCGCAAAUGUGAGCCUCACCGAAGGCGAGAACAUGCUCUUCGUCAACGAGAAACAAGCAGCCCCAGUACCAGAGGUUUUUGCCCUUUACUCGACGACAGAUGUGCAGGGAAACAACAUCAAUUAUAUCAUUAUGGAAUAUGUUUCAGGCCAAGGACUAGAUGCUAUCUGGGCUCAUUUAGACUCGUCAUAG